CUGCAUGAUCAUAGUCAACCCGUUUGUGGCCCAUACUCUGGGGUUUUUGAAACAAGUGUAGAGCUAGCCAUGUCACUUGUAGUUUUUGCUCGCUGUAUGCUUUGAAGACGGUGGGAGUUUUGAUAGCUCCACAAUGAGCUGCUUCACGAGAAGGCUUGCGCGUUUUGGCAGAAGCUCCGUCGUCGGAGCUGUGGCGAUCGCAGCUACUGGUUCUACUUUCCUCUGCUCAGAUAACAACAGUAGUUUCAGCGUAACGGCGCGCGUCCCUCUGCCAUUACAAGAUUCACAUUGCUCAUUGCUGCAUGGUUUGUUUCAGCAAAAACUACCUAUUUCGGAUGAAUACGGAAUACUUCCGCUGUCUUCUUAUAGAGUCAGUCCCGUUCCUUCAUCCGACAUAUCAUCUAAGGAUACUUCUGGGGAUGUUGUUAGUGAUGAAGGGUCAAAGCCUAGUGGUUGUUUUGGAAGAGAUACUAUUGCCAAUGCGGCUGCUAAAGUUGGGCCUGCUGUUGUUAACAUUGCAGUUCCACAAGGCUUCCGUCCUGUAGGUUUCCAUGGUGUUACUACUGGAAGGAGUAUAGGCUCGGGAACAAUCAUCAACCAGGACGGUACAAUCUUGACAUGUGCUCAUGUUGUGGUUGAUUUUCAAGGCGCAAGAAGUUCAACCAAAGGGAAGAUUGAAAUCACUUUACAAGAUGGAAGGACAUUUGAAGGCAUACUGGUAAAUGCUGACUUGCAUUCAGAUAUUGCUAUUGUGAAGAUAAAUUCUGAAACCCCUUUACCGGAAGCAAAACUUGGUUCUUCGAGUAGGCUUCGUCCUGGGGAUUGGGUUAUAGCCAUGGGUUGUCCUCUUUCUCUUCAGAAUACUGUCACUGCUGGUAUUGUAAGUUGUGUUGACCGCAAAAGUAGUGAUUUGGGUUUUAGUGGCCUGCCAAGAGACUACUUACAAACAGAUUGUGCUGUUAAUAUGGGAAAUUCUGGAGGGCCUCUUGUCAACAUGGAUGGAGAAGUUGUUGGCGUGAACAUCAUGAAAGUGCUGGCUGCUGAUGGGUUGAGUUUUUCUGUACCAAUUGACUCCGUGUGCAAAAUUAUAGAGCAUUUCAAGAAAAGGGGGAGAGUAGUACGGCCUUGGCUUGGGCUAAGGAUGCUCGAUCUUAAUGAGAUGAUUAUUGCACAGCUUAAAAAGAGAGAUGCUUCAUUCCCUAAUGUCAGUAAGGGCAUUCUUGUACCAAUGGUAACUCCUGGGUCCCCUGGUGAUCGUGCUGGCUUCCGUCCUGGUGAUGUUGUCAUUGAAUUUGAUGGGAAGCCUGUCGAAAGCAUGAAAGAGGUGAUUGAAGUAAUGAGUGACAGAGUUGGGGUGCCCAUGAAGGUAGUAGUUAAAAGAGCAAGUGAUAUAUUGGUGACUUUAACUGUGACCCCGGAGGAAUCCAAUUUCGAGUUGUGAAAGGCUGUAAUCAACAAACACACACACACACAAAGGCAUCUGAAUGGAUAACCAGGUGGUACUUUUCCAGCUUCCAGAGUCAAUGCCGGCAAUGUUUUUGAAAAGACCUACUCAGUUAAUUGUUUAUCUUAGUCUGUUGGAUUAGUCUAAUCUUGUUGGGAGUUCCUUAUGUACGCCUUGAAUAUGUAGUGCUCAUUUUUUUGGACAUAAAUUUUAAGGUGAGGCGAUAAUGCCUCAGCAUAAAUCUGGGAAAAUCUCAAAUUCUCAAUGUUCAAAGAGUAGUACUGACACCAAGAUGAAGACUGGGGCUUGUUAGAUGUGAGAUUUUGUCUCACAACAUUACCAACCCCUUGGAUUUGUGUAGUGUUAAUAUUAAACUAUUGGAUGUGGAUAACUUUUA